GAUUUCCAGAGGACUUCACCAUUGAAAUUCACCAGAGCUAUAGUGAAACUGACAAUGCCCACGUGCAUGGCCGUUGGAUGCUGUAACACAUCGGGUAAAAGUGAUAAAAACAUCAGUUAUUUCAUGUUUCCGGUUCAUGACCCACCACGGGUUCGUCGUUGGAUUGCCAACCUGAAGAGGGAGGAUUUACCAUCGGACUUCUGGCCGGAGAAAAAACACGUCAUUUGUAGCCAACAUUUCGAAAAAGAAUGUUUUCAAGAGGACAUGAGAGCGAGGAUAUUCGCUGGAGUCUAUGGGGAGGAAAGCCCGCUGGCAAAUCAACGAAGGAGACUCACACCCACUGCCGUUCCCACGCUGUUCUGUUACACAACAGGAAAAAAGAAACGACCUUUGUCAAUGAAUCGUAGGCAGUUAGCCCGACAACAUAACACGGCUUCUGAAGCUGUUGGAAGUACCGGCGCUAAUGGCGACAGGAAAAGUGUUUCUGUUGAAGAAAGGAGCAGCGCGGCGUCCACCAGCAGAAGACCAAAACGGAAAAGACGAAGUUUCUGCGAUUCGGCCACACAGUGUACGAAAACAGAGACCUGUGACACGGGGGUGCAGUGUGACCUUCUGUCCCCUUAUGAUGGAAGGUCUACGAAGUCAGAAAGGGGUCAAAAUGUUUGGGAACUUGAAACUGAAAACAUAAAAGUUGAAACUGUACAAAUAAAAGUUGAACCAGAAUAAAUAUAAGUAAAUAUUGAAUAUAAAACGUUUCCCUUAUAAUCUGAGAAGCUGAAAAAGCAAAAUUCAAAAAAUAAGAAAAUAAUUUAAGUUCGUCCCCUCAGCUUGAAAAAACUCAUUCAGUUAAGUAUUUUAAUUACACUUUUUCUUUUUAUUUCUUUAUUGCGGUUUUAGAUUUUAUGUUUUCAGAUGAAAAUCCUUUUCUUUCAGUUUUUUUUAAAGUUUUAAAUUCCUUUUUGAGUUCAAUGUUUUUUUUUUUUUUACACUUUCAAAUCCGUUUUUUUCACCUUCAGAUUUUGACCCUAAUCUGACAGAAGUGGGCGGGGAAACAUGAUUGACAGCUUGCAGCAGCGCUGGAGGGAUAUUGCUGUAAAAUAAAUAAAAAUUU